CUUUAGGGGUUUCUUGGGCGUGAUGAGUCGGAACACCCUGAUUAAUAAGUCAAGCUGACGUCCUUUUGAAGUCGACCAUGACGCCGCCCUUCACUAAGCCGCACAUCGAAGACCGAGGAAGGAGAGUCAGGGUUCUUUUCAAUGGCAAGUUUAUCAUUGACACCCACAAGGCGAAGCUUGUAUGGGAGAAUCCGUACUACCCUGUCUAUUACUUCGCCAAGUCAGACCUGGAUUCAUCGCUGCUACGAGAAUCCGAAAAGCUCCAGGGUGCUCAGGUUUGCGACCUGGUAUCCAGCGACAGGGUGGUCAAGGGGGCAGUAACAGAAUUCACAGGCAGCAACGACCUUGGAGGAUUGCUCAAGGUCGCCUUUUCAGCUGCGGAUGCAUGGUUUGAAGAAGACGAGAGGAUCUUCGUGCACCCCAAGGACCCCUAUAAGCGCGUCGACGUGCUUCAGUCUUCCAGGCACGUCAGUGUGGAAGUUGAUGGGGUAGAGGUUGCGAACACAAACAGGCCGCGGUUCCUUUUCGAAACUAGCCUGCGCAGGAGGACGUAUAUGCCCCUGACGGAUAUUCGCCUCGACCUUUUGAGGCCUUCUGAGACGACUACUGCAUGUCCCUACAAGGGAGUGGCCAAUUACUAUGACGUAGUACUCCCCAAUGGGAAGGUUUAUAAAGACGUGGUGUGGUACUACCGCGCACCUCUUGUGGAAUGCAUCCAAAUCACUGGUAUGGCCGCCUUCUACGACGAGAAAGUCGACGUCUGGGUCGAUGGUGAGAAGCAAACUUAGCCUGUGUCUUUCUCAAUAUUGCAAUCGUGCAACUACUGUAUCAAUAUUAGCCCCUGUUUUGUUUUGUUG